CUACCUCCCCCUAUAGAGAACCCGGUGCCAGCACACAUCCACAGGACGACAAGGAAGGGCAUGAACAGGACAACUGCUGACUGGCUAGUUAGACUAGAGCCGUAUGUUAUAGAAUGGGAGACAGCAAACACAAAUCUAUGGCACGAGAAUCACAAUUUCGAUCUCGAUGAAUUCAAUCUCUAUUUGCGGCGCUACAUGACUGGAACACGGUUACGCAUUGUUGAGUACUCCCACCCAGAGGAGAUACCGGAUCCUACUCCGUCGGAUAUGUACCCGAGCUAUGAUACUUCCGGCUCUAGGCAGUACGCGGCUACCUUGACACGCGAACUCUACGACGACGUGACCACCUUUGGACGAUCACUAUCGUCUGGACCUCUUCUUCAUCAUCGUCCAGUGGUACAGCCCUUCUUGGAAAGAAUUCAGAAUAAGAUACGGACUGUGUACGAGGCUAUCACGUGCACCCGGAGAACCGAUGUUGUUCAGCACCAGCAGGAGCAGCCGCGUCACUCCAUGCACCGACAUCAACCACGUCCACGUCUAGCACAGCAGCCGACAACCAGGCCACCCCAUCCUGACCAACCUGGCAGUUCUACAUGGCACCCGCAGCACUAUGGUCCCACGUCGAGCUUCAUGGCUGAGGGUACUCAGUGGGUGCUUAGCCCUAUUGUUCAUGUCCAAGGCUUUUCUCCAAGUGUUGUGCAAGUUAAUGAAGUGGACCUCACUUUUGAUUGGUUGAAGACUAAAUUCAUGUUGAAGCAAGGGUUGAAGGAAGACGAUUUUGUGUACUACGUCAGCAGGAAGCAGUCAGAUGGCCCUGGGGAAAGAAAAUUGAUUGACAUAACUGAUGAUGGCAAGAUUCAAGAAAUGCUGAGCGAAUGGGAAUGGAAAAGGGUUGUUGAGUUGCAUUGCUACAGGAAACCGAGUUAUAUGUGA